UCAGAUGAAUAAAAUUUAACAAAUCUCUUUUGAUCGGAUUAGUAGAACUCGUUAUUCAUACAACCAGAUUUGUUGUGAUCGAUUAGGUUAAAUGAAAAUAACCGCGAUUAUUGUUAUUAUUUGCGCCAAUUGCUUUGUGUUAGUAAAUGUCUCAAUUUUCGUUUUCACAUUAUAAAAUAGUUUAAGUGAAAUAGUUUUGCAUUUUAAAUAAAUAAUGUGAGUGAAAUUCUUUUGCCUCUUUGCAUAAUUAGUUACGGCAUUUAAAUUUUUGAAAUACUCGUUUUAUACUAUCGUAUAUCAUUAGAAUUCUUAGAUCAAUUUUAUUAUAUAGUGUUUGGAACAACACAAUGCCGUCUGUUUCUGAAAUGGCUACUAAUGUAUUUGUUUUGGAUAAUGGAGGCUAUACUGUAAAAGCUGGAUUCUCUACGGAUUCUGAACCAAGAUUUAUUCCUAAUUGCAUUACAAAAGCCAAAAGUGAAAGGAGAAGGCAGUUCAUUGGCACUCAACUAGAUGAAUGCAAGGAUUUUUCUGGAUUAUAUUAUUCAUAUGCAUGUACUAGGUCCGAGGAUUUACUUGGCAAUUUUCAGAUGACACCAAGAUCGGGUUAUGUUUUGAAUUGGGAUGUUGAGAAACAAAUUUGGGAUCAUAUCUUUGGACCAGAUCAUUUUAAAGUUGAUUUUAAGGAAACAUGCCUUAUUGUGACUGAGCCAUAUUUUAGUUUUCAGUCAAUGCAAGAAGCCAUGGUAGAAGUCGCUUUUGAAGAUUACAAAUUUCACUCUAUGUAUGCUGCUAAUCCUGCAACACUUUCUGCUUACAAAUCACAAAAAACUACAAAUGAAAUGUGUUGUUUAGUUGUUGAUUCUGGAUUCUCUUUCACACAUAUUGUCCCAUGUAUUAAAGGCAAAAGACUGAAAAAUUCAACUAGGAGAAUUGAUGUUGGUGGAAAAGUCUUGACUAAUCAUUUGAAGGAAAUCACUUCAUAUCGUCAGUUAAAUGUGAUGGAUGAAACAUAUGUCAUGAAUCAAGUUAAAGAGGAUGUGUGCUAUAUUUCAUUGGAUCCCGAUAAAGAUUUAAAAAUAGCUGAAAAAAGAGGGAAAGAAAAUACGAUUGUACGAGAUUAUGUCUUACCUGAUUAUACAGUUAUUAAAAGAGGUUAUGUCAGACCUCCUGAAGAAACUACAGGCAAACCGAAAGAAAAUGAACAAUUGGUAAGAAUGAACAAUGAGAGAUUUUUGGUACCAGAAAUUCUUUUUCACCCUGGUUCUGUCCAUAUUCCAGAGAUGGGGAUCCCCGAGGCCAUAAUUUAUUGUAUUGAAACUUGUCCUGAAGAAAUUCAACCUCAUAUGUACAAAAACAUUCUAUUAACUGGUGGUAAUGCAUGUUUUCCAGGUUUCAAGGAUCGUGUAUAUCAAGAUGUCCGUGCUGAAGCACAUCAUUUAUAUGAUGUGAAUGUAACAUUACCAGACAACCCUAUAACUACUGCUUGGGAAGGAGGAACAAUGAUUCCUAGUGACCCAGAAUUUCAUAAGCUUAUUGUGACUCGAAAACAGUAUGAAGAAAAUGGACCUCAUUUUUGUGUAGAAAAGUUUGAAGUUUGAUUAUUUUAAUAAAACCUUUUUAUUUUUUAUAAA